AUGUGCUUCCGUGCUGAUAUUGAAGGCUAUGCAGGCUCUCGGAUGAUCCGUGUCGCCCGAGAGAUUUUGGUCGCCUUCAAGGCACCUGAUUUAAAUACAGUUCAGACAAAUGUAGUGACAUGCAUGCAUAGAUUAGCGCAUGGGGUGCGUCGUGUUCUUCCAAACGUUCGCGCAGUCUCCAACCCGAAACAGGAAGGGUCGGGUGGAAGGCUCUGUGGAUCACAGCGCAGCAGGUGCGUCUCAUCUCUUGGCUAUGGCCAUCAGCCCCAUCGGUACAUCUGGUACGUGCGCAACUGGGCCCCUAGUCGGCCUGUUCGGGCUUCUGACAAAUAA